GUGCACAUGAACACUUCACUGAAAAUCUAAAGGAAUUUAAGAAGUUUGUGGAGGAAGCCAAGAAGCCUCUUUAUCUUGGGUGUCAUAAGCACACCAAGUUAUCAGGAUUGGUUAAGUUGUACUAUCUUAAAGCAAGGCAUGGCAUGACCGACAAUUGUUUCGCGGAUAUGCUGAUCGAAGUUAGUGAUUUUCUCUCAAUCGGUCAAGAGCCACCCUUGUCUAUGUAUGAGGCAAAGAAGAUGUUGAAUGCAUUGGGAUAG